UAUGUGACUGCACUGAGCUGCUGAACACCGGUGGGUUUGGCUCCGUGAUUGAAAUCUGAUGCGGCUUUAAAAGGCUUCGAGCACAGCCACACACAGUCGAAGAGAAACAGUUGGAGCUCUGGGUUCAUCUCCAAUGUUUAGAAACACUUUUUUGCCAAAGUAACUCUAAAGGUAUUACUGAAUAAGGGCAAAAUGGAGAUAGUUUAUGUUCCAAUCCUUGAGGGAUUAAAACCUCCAACCUUUACACAGAUUUUAAACUAAGGUUUCAGCAUCUCUGGUUCGUGGCGGAGCUGCGCGCAACGGGACACCGGCGUCUCCAUUUACGCACGUCGCUCACGCGCUCUUUAACGCGUCGGACCGCUGUCAUUCUCGACUAAUCUGACAAUGGGACACCCGAGCAACACGUCGCACCCGGUCAACUCCACAGACCCGUUCGGACGCGAUGAAGAAGUCGCGAAAAUCGAGAUCGCGGUCCUGAGCGUCACCUUCGCGGUCGCCGUGAUCGGGAACUGCAGCGUGCUGGUGGCCAUCCACAACACCAAGAAGAAGCCCUCCCGCAUGCAUCUGUUCAUCAAACACCUGAGUCUGGCAGACCUGGUGGUCGCGUUCUUCCAGGUCCUCCCGCAGCUGUGCUGGGAAAUAACCUUCCGUUUCUACGGCCCGGACUUUCUGUGCAGGAUCGUCAAGCACCUGCAGGUGAUGGGCAUGUUCGCGUCCACUUACAUGAUGGUCAUGAUGACCCUAGACCGCUAUAUCGCCAUCUGCCACCCUCUGAAGACCCUCCAGCAGUCCACCCGGAGGUCCCACAUCAUGAUCGCGGGCACGUGGAUCAGCAGCCUGCUCCUCAGCACGCCUCAGUACUUCAUCUUCUCCCUCAGUGAGAUCCAGAACGGCUCUGAGGUGUACGACUGCUGGGGUCACUUCAUCCAGCCCUGGGGAGUGCGCGCGUACAUCACCUGGAUCACAGCGGGGAUCUUCCUCAUCCCGGUGAUCAUAUUAAUGACCAGCUACGGAUUCAUCUGCCACAGCAUCAGGAUGAACAUCAGAUAUAAGACGAGGAAGACUCCUGCGGACGGGCUGAUCGGGAAGAGCUCGGUGAGCAGCGUCACCACGAUCUCCAGAGCGAAGCUACGCACCGUCAAGAUGACCUUCGUCAUCGUCCUCGCGUACAUCAUCUGCUGGGCGCCGUUCUUCACCGUGCAGAUGUGGUCUGUGUGGGACAAGAACUUCAGCUGGGACGAUUCAGAGAACACGGCCGUCACUCUGUCUGCGCUGCUGGCCAGUCUGAACAGCUGCUGUAACCCGUGGAUCUACAUGGUUUUCAGCGGACACCUCCUGCAGGACUUCGCUCACUGCUUCCCCUGCAGUCACCAGAUCCAGCAGAGCUUCCGGAAGGAGGAUUCGGACAGCAGCAGCCUGCGGAGAAUCACGCUGCUCUCCAAAGCUGCCAACCGCAGCCCCACGGGCAGCUCGGGCACCUGGAGAGAGUUCGAUCCCUCGGCUCCGGCCGAGACGUGACGCAGGAGUCAGGAUCACAGAUCUGCUCUUCAGUCAGACUCUCAGCGGGGAGAUGUGAGGCGAGCGUGCACCAUUACUGCUCAGGAGAUGCGACGGAGUCUGAAAACUAAAAACAGACUUGUGUUGUCACCCAGGAACAGUCUAGAGCUGUGACAUCACUGUGACAUGAGCGUUUGAUGAGGAAUGAUGCAGUUCAUAUGGAGUUAGAGGUCUCUUCUGCUCUUAAAGGCUGCAUUUAUUUGAUCAAAAAUAUUUUGAAAUAUUAUUACAUUUUGAAAUUACUUGAAUAUAUUGUAAAGUAAAAUUGAUCUGUAUUUUCAGCAUCAUUCCUCCAGUCUUCAGUGUCACAUGGUCUUCAGAAAUCAGAAUAAUAUGAUACAUUUCUGAUUAUUAUCAAUGUUGAAAACAGCAUUUUUAUCCAAAAUUUAUUUUUUUUAUUUAGCAAGGAUGAAAUAAAUUAAGCAAAAGUACAUAUCUAUUUCAAAUAAAUACUCUUUUCAUCAUAUAAUAAUACAUGUUUCUUCAGUAAAUCGUCAUAUUAUACAGAUUUCUGAAGAUCAUGUGACACUGAAGACUGGAGGAAUGAUGCUGAAAAUACAGCGGAGCAUCACAGAAAUAAAUUACACUUUAACACAGAUUCACACAGAAAACAGUCAGUUUAAAUGUUAAUAAUAUUUUCAUUUUUUACAGCAUCUUUUGAUCAAAUAUAGACACAUUUUACAAAGUGACUUGAGGUUGUUCUAUUGUAAAUCUAUAUUUAUUGAUCAUGCUUCACAGCCUCUGGUCUCGUAUAGCUCGUGGGAAGAUGGAAACACGGUCAGUCUCUCUGGGGACUGUGGCACAAUGAGUCCGACGAGGCAUUUCCUGCGACAAACAUCUAAUGAAGCCAGCACUGGAUUUAUACUGGUCAAAGUAAACCAGAAACCAGAGCACGCGUGUGGUUUCACACUAAAUAUAUCACUUUCCAGAAUAUAAAUGAAUGUUGCACUAUAUAAAACAUAGGAUACGCUCUGCUUUAUGAAAUAUUAGCCUCACUGUGGUGGCAUGAAUCCUACCAGCAUGAGAUGUGUGCUAUAAAUGAAUGUCUUCACAUGACCAGUCAGGUCUUUACCGGACUCUUUUCAGGAGUUUUGAUAUAUAUAAGCUGAGAAAUUAGAGCAGUUAAUGCUGUUCAUGUAUAUAGUAAGUGUGCAUAUAAACAGAUGGUCUAUAUUUGCUUGUAUGUGUUAAAAAGAAAUGUUUUUUUAAAGAAAAUACUGAAAUGUUCAGCUAUGAAAGCUUGUUUCUGCCAUGGAAAAGUAACAAAAAAAAAAUAAUUGCAAAUAAUUGCAAGAAAAAAAGUCAGGAUUUUCAGAUUUAACCUUAAAAAGUCAAAAUUCAGAAAACGUAUAACCUUUUUUUUUUUUAUUUUAUCCCGUGGCAGAAACAGGCUUCCAAACUCACAGAAUUGUUCCCUGCCAACUUUAAAUGUGUUGUACCUCUUACUAACGUGUCGGUGUCUCCAUGUGCCAAAUCCAA